GCCUGAGGAGGGGCCAGGGCGCACCAAAGCCUGAGGGCUGAGGCUGAGCCUUUGAGGUACCAGUUACAUGCAGGAAACAUUGAAAGAUAGAAGGGAGUGGGGCGCUCUCUUUUGCCCAAAAAUGCAUCAAAAUUGACUGGCUGUAAACCAUGGGGGCUGCUCAGGAGUUCUCUGAGGCAGCGCCUUCCCUGACCAUCUCCAGACAGCGGUUCUGACAUCGUGCUAUGCGCAGCAAAUUUCUGGUUAAGGUGGCCGCGCUGCACAUUUAAAAUGAAGACACGAAGGAAGAAGGAGCUGAAGCUGCUUCAUGCAGCCGGCGUUGGCAAUCUGAGAAAGGUGAUAAAACUGCUCCCCAAUGAAAGCAGCAGCAGCGACUCUGACAGCAGCAGAAAGCGAUCUAAGAGGAAGCGGCGACGAAAAUCCUGGGAUGCAGGUGACCGUCCAAACGUAAACUGCGUGGACAGCGAUGGUUGGACGCCACUCCACCUGGCAAGCCACGCGGGCGCCACUGACGUCGUCGGGCAUCUUCUCUCUCAGGGGGGUGAUGUCAGCGCCGUGGAUGGCAGGGGCGAUACUCCCCUUCAUCUCGCCGCCCGGAGCGGCGCAGCCAAAGUGAUCGCUGAGCUGCGAGAGGCGGGCGGAAAAAUGAGUGUCCGCAACAAGAGAGGGGAGACGCCAGCAAUGCUGGUGGAGGAAAGGCUCAUCAAGCUUGCAAGACGGGAGGAGGCCCGGGCACGGGGGUCCCGGUACGAAGAGCCGGAGGACUGGGGGGAGCGGUUGCAGGAGGAAGCGAGUGACGGGGAGGGGGGGGGGACGUGGGGCGCCAGCGCUUCUCAUCGAGAGGGGGAGGUGGAGGACGUUGUUGAUGAGGACGCUUGGCGAGCGAGGAUUGCGGAGAGCAUGGCGAGGAAGAGGCACGAAGCGGGGUGGCAGCAGGACGAGUUGAGGGCAAAGCUGAGCGCCGAACAAGCAAAGGAAGAAGAUGCAAGAGAACGCAAGCGACGAAGGCUUGACGAGGAAGCCGCGGCGCGGUCUCGUAAGAUCCUCGAGGAGGAGCAAGCCAAGGACUCAGCUUGGCGCGAGGAGGUCCUCGCCGGCAAGUUCCUCAACAAGAAGAUGCGCUACGAGGAAGCGUGGACUAGAUUCGCUUCCUCAAGCAACAUGGUGGUUAGUUAUCUGGACGUGCCGUUUCCAGUGGAUCCGGGGCAGGAGGGGCAACUAGAGCGGGUGUUGUUGCACGGGGUUGCCCCGGAGAAGCACAAGAAGAAGCUGAGGGAGGAGGUGCUGAGGUGGCAUCCAGACAAGUUUACACAGAAGUGGGGACUUCGACUUGACGAGAAAGACAAGGACCGGACAAUAAACCGAGUGAAAGAGAUAUCUCAGUCUAUACACGAGCUAUACAGCAAACUGUAGUUAUGUAAAAUCUGGAGAAAUAUAGACUUUAACGAAGCCGUUUAGGCUCUACAAAGGUGCUCUGAAGCUGUGAAGCUGUCGCGCAUGUUGUUUUCUUGACCAGUGGUGCUUACGUAUAAACGGCUUAUCUUUUAAUGAUUCUCCCGGUUUGCUCUAGCUGAUUACGGCCCUAUUACAGCACACUCCAGGCAUGCUGCACGCUCUAGGUAUCCAUUCAGACUUUUCGACUACCCUUAGAUAGGACCUAUGUUAGGUCGACGUGUACAGAUUAACCAAGUCAAUUUCAGCCUAGCUCUAAUAGGUCUUUACUCGUCGAACUUGCUUCCCUCCCGGUACGGACCAAUUCAUGAUCCAACUCAUGCCCGGGGGACGGGUGGGGUUGGCCUGGGAGUUUAGGGACGGUAUGUACGGGCGUGGAGCAUGUUAACCAGGGGUUUAGGUUUUUGUUUGUUUCUGCCCCGUACCUAAGUAACAAUGGUAGUAGCUUACUACGUAAUCUAGAAUUACCUACCACAGGUUGUUGUGUACCGUGUUGCACGCCGGGCUUAUCA